CUGUCCAAUCAGAGCGCUGCAUAGUGAUGUCAUGCAGCAGCUGUGGUGUGGUGCUGAUGCUGCUGAGCUGCAGAUCUUCAGAGAACAGAGACCGGACCGGCGAGGCUGCAGGGAACAUAUUCUACCUCACCACCGGAGAAGCGCAGAACAGCAGGAACAUGACCCUCACAGCAUACAGAGAGAAGAUGCGAGAGCUCCCCCUGGUGUCCAUCUUCUGCUCCUGCAUCCUCCCUGAACCCAGGGAGCGACCAGCCGACCAGAAGGAAGGUUUGGUGGACUUGAACCUGUGCAACAUCCGGGACAUGGAGGUCAUCGAGCUGAGCAAGCGAGCGAGCGGCCAGGCCUUCGAGGUCAUCCUGAAACCGCCCACCUUCGAUGGCACCCCGGAGCUGAGGGCCACCACGCCUCCUCGUCAGAAACCAUCGCUGGAGGAGAUCCAGAAGAAGCUGGACGCCGCUCAGGAGAGGAGAAAGUGCCAGGAGGCGGAGCUUCUGAAGCACCUGGCUGAGAGGCGGGAGCACGAGCGCGAAGUCGCUCAGAAAGCUUUGACCAAAGAGCGCCAGGAGCACCGCGGCGACGCCAGCAAGCUACAGAUGCACCUGAACGCCUCGCAGGAGGAGGACAAACACAGUGUGGAGGUGUCAUGAUGGCCUGAUCACAACACAAGCUGAACCUUAUUGAGAAGCCGACUUUGAGGGCUGUUUACCUGGAUGACGGACUGGGGAACAUGGCGCUGGUCUGACUGGAGGGGACUGACAGCAGCACAAGAGAAGAGGAGGACUGAGGGACUGACUGCUCCACCAGGACUCUUUAAAGAGACUAACUCCUUACUUUGAGAAUCGCUGCAGAUUCAGUCAUGACUGGAUGGAUUCCUGCGACUUUAAUAUGCUUUGUUGCCAUGCCAACAGUGCCAGUGUCUUCAUGCGUGAGUGUGACUGUAGGCGCACAAUCCAGAACCCAACAUGGCUCAAAGGAACCCGCAGAGUUGUCUGAGAGAACUGGACCACAUCCACCAGAGACUUAAUGCAUCACUUCAGAUACUCUGAGCGGAACUGCGCCCUCUGCUGGACAGGUUGAACCUCCAUGACGCUCUUUGGUGACAUCUAGUGGCCCCAGUGAGUACAGCAGCAAACCAGGACUGGGUUCACACCAGAAUCUGAGGAGACAUUCUGACUUAAAACAGAGGUUAGAAGAACUUGGAGCCCACGGGCCAGAAUAGAUGUGAGAUCCAGCAACACCUGCAGGAGAAAGGCCAAUGAAGCCAUGAAAGGAUGGAGGUCCAGUAGUUCAGAGACCAGAACCGUCUGACGCUGUUUCUGAAACACAAUUAGGCUUAGAGUUAGGCCCGGUUCAGACCAGAACCAUCUCAUUCUGUGUCUCUCAGCAGGUCUGACUGAAAAAUUGACAUUAAAAUGUUCUUGGGUGACGAGUGAAAGCUGAAGGUGGACCGGUCCAAACAUAUAAAGAGGCUUAAAGUCCUCCAGAACCAGAAUUAAAGUCAAUUUUCCUUUUCUUCAACACAGCAGGACAUGACUGAUCUGAAUAAACCGGUCCCAGGGAGAGAACCCAAACCCGGUCUGUAGAAGAGUCAAAGUAAGGAGGUGGUUCUGGUCCAGGUUGGGAUUAGAACAGAGAAAAGUUCUGCAACAGAGAGAGAAGAAGGUGUGCAGUGAUCAUGUGUAUGUGCAGGUAGAGGAGCCUGCAAUGUAGCUGGUUCCUGUUUCUGCUUCAGAAUAGAACCUCUGUGGACCAAUCAGGAGGUACCACCUGCGUUCUGAUUGGCUAAUUGGACUUCUUGUUUAUUGACAAAACCAUAAUGUCGCCGCGGUCCAACUUCCUCAGAUUCUGUUAAAAAUGUCUUCAUUCAUCACAACAACAUAAACUCCCCGAUCUGAACGAACGAAUCAGUGAAUGAAUCUAUGACUGGGUGAAUGAAUCAGUGAAUGAAUCUAUGACUGGGUGAAUGAAUCAGUGAAUUAAUCCAAGACUGAGUGAAUGAAUCAGUGAAUGAAUGUGAAUGAAUCUAUGACUGGGUGAAUGAAUCAGUGAAUUAAUCCAAGACUGAGUGAAUGAAUCAGUGAAUGAAUGAAUCAGUGAAUGAAUCUAUGACUGGGUGAAUGAAUCAGUGAAUGAAUGAAUCGGUGAAUGAAUGAAUCGGUGAAUGAAUCAGUGAUUUGUCUUGCAGUGCUUUCGGCUGCUUCUUUCAGAUGUACAGAAAUCACAUUAUAUUUUAAAGAAUAAAGCAAGAACACUUCA